AGCAAACAGACGCAGUGAAUCGUCGAUCCCCAGGAAAGGAUGGGGAACUGUGGGAAGUGGGGGGGAGACACAAAUCCAAACAAUGCGGACAAGUAUGGGGAAUCUUUGAAUUUGUGUGUGUAUUUAUUUGUGUGUCCCAGGGCCCCUUUAGGCGAGGGCGGCAUCGGGCCGCGUGCGGCGGCAGCGGGCGCGGUGGCGACAGGCGAUGUCGGCGGCGACGUGCUGCUGGCGGGGUUGCCAUGGCGAGGGCCAGGGGGGAGCAGAGAGCUGGAUCCGGAUCACGAAAAGUCCGAGGAGCUGCACGGACUGGAGAAGCAGGGCGCACGGAACAGGGCAUGGAGUCGUUGCCCAGCUCUAUGGACGCCUGCGGACUGCCGCCUGGUGGAGUGGACGGUGGCGGAGCGCCGUGCGAGGAGCGCUCCGAGGGGGCUGCGGUUCCGCCUGGCGGAGCGUGUGAGCCGCGCCGCCGAGUUGCCAGCGCCGUCAUUGGCGACGGGCGCGCGCUGGUGGAAAGGCUUCAAGGAGCUGGUGGGCAGGAACAUCGACGAGGUGGCCGCUCAAGUCGGUGGCGAAGUUCACGGUGGAGUGGCGGCCCAGGGCGUGGAGGCGGAGACGUGAGGCACGCAGCAAAAGGCCAAAGGUAGCAGCCAGGAGUUCGAUGGGGACGUUGUCGAGCCUGUGCAGGGCGGCGCGACGCUGCAGGCGCUGGUCGAGGGACCGGGCGUGGGCGCCUUGGUGCCUCUCGAAGCGGAGGCCGCGGACCCGGAGGACGAGGAGUGCGGCUCCUCCGGGGGCGGCGGCACGAGUGCGGGCGAGAAGGACGGCGAGGAGGAUCACGUCGUUGAGGGCCUGCUGCCGUGGUCCUGCGGGGGCCGCGUGCGCGGGCCUUCCUGGUGGUGCUCGGUGCCCCAGCCGUGCGCGGGCGGUCGGCAACAGGCCGCGAAGCUCAUCGCCAGGCGCUGGCAGGAGUGGGGGUUGCACAAGCUGCAGGGCGAGCGGGUCCGCGGGUGCGGGAGGAGUGCCGGCCCGCCCUGCUGGCCAGGGCUCGCGCGGCCCGUGCGGCCAAGAGGGCCAGGUGAUCUGCGAGAGUCGGCUCCUUAGGGGCUGACCUGACGGGUCCCAGUAGGCGCUGGCUUGAUGGGCUCCCGCGGGAGCCCAUGAACCGUGCGCCCUGUCGCGUUGCGGUUUGGGUGUGCG